GCCUUAGCCCUUCUCUUGGUUCUGGCUUGCUGUCUGCCGAAAUCUGCCCAUUGUGCUGAUAGGUUCGGACGUAUCCAAACAUGGGGUAGUUACUUCACGGCAGUGCGUAUGUAUAUAAAAUACCCGGGUGGACCUCGUCGGAAGUUGGAGAUGAGAGAGUCUACGGAUACACUAGAGAAGCGUGUUGGAGUCGCGCGCCCUUGAACACACACACACCCUUGAACGCCCAGGGACAAGGACUCGGUAACAUAUAUCCCCGUAUACUCGGUCAACUGGAUAAAAACUACUUAUUCCUGAUACCACCCCCAUCGACUGUCACCGUCUAAACAUUUCGACGCGUCGCUGAGACUCUUCUGACCGCUUUCUUCUUUCUGCGUGAGCGAAACCGCACAACAUCCUCACAAAGUCACAAUGGUGCAGAUCAAGCGUGCCCAGGAGACCGGGGCGGCGGACCCCAUUCUGACCCGCAUCUCGGAGGAGGACAAGGUGCCGUGGUACCAGAAGCCGAACUUGCGAUACCUCUACCUGAUGCUCUUCCCGACGUGCAUGGGCAUCGAAUUGACGUCUGGUUUCGACUCGCAAAUGAUCAAUGCGCUGCAGAUUGUGCCAUCCUGGAAAGAUUACUUUGGAGACCCACAGGGUAGUUUGAAGGGCAUCAUCGCCGCUGCGUAUUCCCUCGGCGCUAUCCUGUCUCUUCCCUUUAUCCCCAUCGUGAACGACAAGUUUGGACGAAGAUGGUCCAUCUUUGGCGGCAGUUUGGUUAUGGUCGUUGGAGCUCUUAUCCAGGGCUUCUCUCAGCAUGUUGGCAUGUACAUCGUUGCCCGCAUGAUCCUCGGCUUUGGUAUCCCGACAUGUAUCGUCUCCGGCUCGUCUCUGAUUGGUGAAUUGAGUUAUCCCAAGGAACGUCCUGUUCUGACAUCUCUCUUCAACGUGGCGUACUUUGUUGGUCAGAUCGUGGCUGCGGGCAUCUGCUUCGGCACGAACAACAUUGCGAGCAACUGGGCAUGGAGAAUUCCCUCUCUCCUCCAAAUUUGCCCCUCUCUGUUGCAGAUAUCUUUCGUUUUCUUCCUGCCCGAGAGUCCCCGAUGGCUCAUCACCAGAGACCGCAGCGAAGAAGCACACGAAAUCCUCAUCAAGUACCACGCCGAAGGCGACCGUGAGUCCGAAUUCGUCAGGGCCGAGAUGGCACAGAUGAAGACCGUCAUCACCCUCGAGAUGGAAGCCUCCAAGCAGUCGUGGAUGGACCUCCUCAACACGGCUGGUAUGCGCCGCCGUGCUCUCAUCUCUUCCAUGCUGGGUCUCUUUACCCAGUGGUCCGGCAACACGCUCAUCUCAUACUACUUGGGUGAUCUGCUCCAGAUGAUCGGCUUGACCGACUCCACGGUCAAGCAAAAGAUCAAUCUCGGCAUCGCAGGCUGGUCCCUCAUCUGCGGCUUCACAGUAGCCAUGCUCGUGCGAACCUUCCGUCGCCGCGUCAUGUACCUAGCCUGCACAAUCUCACUGCUCCUCUGCUACAUCAGCUGGACAAUCUCCAUGGAACGCGCCGUCCACGCCCUCGAAAACGACUACAAGAACCAGUCCGCCUCCGUCGCGACAAUCUUCUUCAUCUUCAUGUACUCACCCUGCUACAGCAUCGGCUACAACGCCCUCACCUACACCUACCUCGUCGAGCUGUGGCCCUACGCCCUGCGGUCGCGCGGCAUCUCGCUCUUCCAGCUCUUUGGCAGGUUGGCUGGCUUCUUCACGACCUUUGUCAACCCCAUUGGCAUCAAGGAGGCGUCGUGGAAGUACCUCAUCAGCUACUGCGUCUGGCUCGCCUUUGAGGUUGUGUUUGUGUACUUUAUGUUCCCCGAGACUGCGGGACGUACCCUUGAGGAGUUGGCUUUCUUGUUUGAGGACAAGGCCCUUGCCGACCAGGCUGUUGGCGCUGUUGAGAAGGUCAUCCACCACGAUGACAUGGAUACUCUUGGCGAGGUCAAGAGUGGAGGCGGCAAUACUGAAGUGGUUGAGAAUGUCGGUGCCAAAUCGAAGGUUUGAUUGUCAGAUGCUUAGUCUAGCAGAAUUGCGUGAAGAAAUUCCAUGGCGUCAACUUGAUUAGUUGCGUAGACUACCUGGAUACUACAAAGAGCCAAGAUCAUUCAUUCUCAACCCUCUAUGCCAUCCCUCCCAAUGUUGACCAAUCAGGCACUUGUGUAGCACUCCCUAGAAUUUCGCCAGUUUGCACAGCGUUGAGAUAUUUCCCCGGCCAUGCAUCAUCCGCAGCC